AUGGCGCUGAAAACGAUGCGCGCGCUGUGUCGCCUCGCGCGCCUUCGCUGGGACGGCCUGCUUCGAAUCGCGAUCGCGCACCGCGUCGGCGUCGUCGGCGUCGGCGAGACGUCGGUGAUAAUCGCCGCGUCGAGCGCGCACCGCGCGGACGCGAUCGAAGCGGUGGGUUGGAUUAUCGACGAGUUGAAAGCGACCGUGCCAAUCUGGAAGAAGGAGACGUUCGAAGGCGGCGAGGUGUGGAAAGAGAACGACGGGACGCAGCGACGCGAGCCCGCGCCGCCGCCGCCGCCGCCGUGA